GGGGCGACAGGCAUCGGGCCCCCAGGCGGAGCGGCGGGCGCCGGACCCCCAGGCGGAGCGACAGGUCUCGGGCCCUCAGGCGGAGCGGCGGGCGCCAGACCCCCAAGUGGAGCGACAGGUCUCCGGCCCUCAGGCGGAGCGGCGGGCGCCGGACCCCCAGGCGGAGCGACAGGUCUCGGGCCCUCAGGUGGAGCGGCGGGCGCCGGACCCCCAGGCGGAGUGACAGGUCUCGGGCCCCCAGGCGGGGCGGCGGGCGCCGGGCCCCCAGGCGGGGCGACAGGCAUCGGGCCCCCAGGCGGGGCGACAGGCAUCGGGCCCCCAGGCGGGGCGACAGGCAUCGGGCCCCCAGGCGGAGCGGCGGGCGCCGGACCCCCAGGCGGAGCGACAGGUCACGGGCCGCGAAGCGGCGGGCACCGAGUCACCAGGCACGACAGUGGGCUCCGAGUCAACUGGCAUGACCGCUGGCACUGGGUCAAACAUUGGAUCGUCUGACUGGACAGCGGGCAUCGGGUCACCAGGCAUCAGGUCAUUUGGCUCGAC